GUAGGGUUUGAAUCAGAACUCCUGUAGGGCAAACCUAUUUGGAGAACCUGGCCAAAAAGAGAGCACAGAAAAUCGUCCCAAUCAAAUGUACUGCCUAUUCUUGAACAUGCCUCCUGUAGAGGGGCACGCCCGACGCAAGCCUUAUCGAUGGGGCACACGAGCUGGGGCCCGGCCACGGCCCCGAUCUCGCGGUCCACGCUCGGGGUGCUCGCCUCGGCCGGGGGCGCCUGCGGCUGCAGGUAGCCGAUGCGGCGGAGGAAGUCGACGUACUCGCGGUUCUCGCCCAGCGUCGCCGCAGACGCCUCUGGGUGCUCUGCGUGCCACCUGUCGAUGCUCCUCUGCAUGUCCUCGCGCCGCUGCAGCAGCUGGGCGUUGCGCGGCCCGAACUGCUUGGUGAGCCGGUGGAGGCCGGUCCAGAAGGCCCUCUCCGUGCCCUCCUCGAGGCCGACGCAGAUGCUCCUGAUCGCAGCUGCGAGCGCGGGCUCGGCGCGCAAGGCCUUGGCAGCGGCGGGCGCGGUCGGUGCCUCGGGGGCGGGUGCGCUGCGGGGGGCGAGGGACAUGCCGGGUGCUCUGUCCUGGUACUGGUGUGGGCGUAGUUGGGUUACCUGAGCUGGUCGCCGAGGCUGAAACUGCUUGAG